AAACAACAAUAUGACGUCUUACACAGACAAGGGAAGGAAGCCUGAAGCAGGACGGUUUCUGGCCUUUGAUCAUCUAACGUUUUGGGUGUCCAAUGCUAAACAGGCGGCGAGUUACUAUGUGUCAAGAUUUGGAUUCGAGCCUCUGGCAUACAGCGGUCUGGAGACUGGUUCGAGACAGGUCGCCUCUUACGCCGUCAGAUUGAAUAAGAUCAUAUUCGUGUUUCAAGCCCAAUAUGACCCGGUGGAGUCAGACCUAACCAAGGAGGUUGGAUACCAUGGUGACUUCGUGAAGGACGUCGCUUUCCAAGUGGAGAACCUGGACUACAUCGUGGAGUACGCCAGGAAGCAAGGAGCUGUCGUCGUCAAGGAUAUUUGGAAGGAAGAGGAUGAAUUUGGAGUUGUGAGAAUGGCAGUUUUGAAGACCUAUGGAGACAACACACACACGCUAGUGGACAGGUCUCAAUAUAAGGGACAGUUCCUGCCUGGAUACCAGCUGUUAAGCAACGAUCCUAUCAAUAAAUUCCUCCCAAAAGUGGAGAUCAAUUUCAUUGACCACGUCGUCGGAAACCAGCCUGACAAUGAAAUGGAGACAGCUGCUUCCUGGUACGAACGCUGUCUGCAGUUUCAUAGAUUUUGGUCAGUAGACGACAAGCAAGUCUGCACCGAGUAUUCAGCUCUGCGUUCCAUUGUGAUGGCAAACUGGGAGGAGAACGUGAAGGUGCCCAUCAACGAGCCAGCACCCGGCAAGAAGAAGAGCCAGAUCCAGGAGUAUGUGGAGUACCACGGCGGAGCUGGAGUGCAACACAUCGCUAUCAAUACUGAGGAUAUUAUUACUGCUAUUGAGCAUCUCCGCAGUCGUGGUGUUGAAUUCCUCUCAAUCCCAUCAAACUACUACACUUUGAUCCGAGAGCGUCUCAAGUUGAGCAAAGUGAGGGUAGCAGAGAGUAUCGACACGUUGGAACGAUUAAACAUCCUAAUUGACUAUGAUGAUGACGGCUACCUGCUUCAGAUCUUCACCAAGAACACUCAAGACAGACCCACACUGUUCAUAGAAGUUAUUCAGAGAAGGAAUCAUAAUGGUUUCGGAGCUGGCAACUUCAAAACGCUCUUCGAAUCAAUUGAAUUGGAACAAGAGAAACGCGGCAACUUAUAAACUUAAUAUUAUCUCAUCUUUUACACUUUAUUCUAAGAUUAUUAGUAGUUGAAUUAAUUACAAAACUCUUGUUCAUAAUAAUAGUGUCAAUUGUGUUUUGUU